CUUUUUUCCCCCCAGCAUUCAUUGCAGCUGUCUUCUUGUUGACGCAACUAUGGCGGCGUCGAUGGUGAAGCGAUGUUGCUCUCCUCUGCUUGUAUUUAAGCGCUUCUCUUCGCCGGAGUUGACAGCUUUAGCUUGCUAUCACAAAAAGGUGGUUGACCAUUAUGAAAACCCAAGAAAUGUUGGGUCCCUGGACAAGAAUGCCAAGAAUGUUGGUACUGGUUUGGUGGGCGCACCUGCCUGUGGUGACGUUAUGAAGUUGCAGAUUCAGGUGGAUGAGAAAGGAAAAAUAGUUGAUGCCAGAUUUAAGACAUUUGGUUGUGGGUCAGCCAUUGCAUCCAGCUCCCUGGCAACGGAGUGGAUUAAAGGAAAGACGGUUGAUGAAGCUUUAAAAAUUAAGAACACUGAAAUUGCUAAAGAACUUAGUCUUCCUCCUGUCAAGCUACAUUGCUCAAUGCUUGCAGAAGAUGCAAUAAAAGCAGCUUUGGCUGACUACAGACUAAAGCAAGAUAAUGAAAAAGCAGUAGAAACAAGUAGCUGAACAGUGAGAAGCACAAAAAGCAAUCUCAUAUUCCACCUAAUUAUUAUGCUUUCUUAAAUGAAUAGAAAAUUGUUAGGUUAUGUUCUCUUGAUCAAUACACUGAAACGCACAAUGUAAUAUAACUAAUAGCUUUAGGUGUUUCUCUUAAUUGAAGCAUCAGUAAGAGAAACGCCAGCAUGUUUUGUUAGCAGAUGUUUAUAAUAAAUGUAUGUUUUACUAAGGAAGCAGUGUUUUAUUUUUCUUUAAUACAAUUAGUGAAUUGUAGCCUAGUAAAUACCGUAAUUGCAAAAAGUACCACUAAUUGAGUAAUCACCAAAAAAACUCUUGAGAACUAGAAUUUUUUUUCCCCAUUUGAUACAGUGUAACUGAGAAAUGUUCUUAGUUGUGUAGAUUAUAAAAAAAUGUAUAUUUGGUAACAGUCAUAGCAGAAUUGUCAUGACUGUUUUAUAGAAGUAAAUAUUAAGAGUAGUUAUUGGGUUAUUUUAAAUGUAAAAUUCUUUACAUUUCCUUUUAGGUUAAAUAUCAAUGUUAGAUGCUAUAGCUUACCCUUUUGUGUUUUAUUGUUUUAGUCACUUGCUGCUAUUGUCUGCUAUGUCUAAUAUAAUAUGCAGUUUUGAGUAAAAUAUAAUAAUUUAAAGUGUUAAGCUGCUGUUUGUUUCAGGCUUAUUCAAACAUGAACAUUUUUUUUUCCUAUGGUCUUGCUACAGUAUGUUUUCAGUUGAUAAUUUGCAUUGUUUGAUAGUAAGGUAAUGUGUGAGGUUUUUAACGCAGCGUCAGUAAUCCUCUUGUUUAAAUUAUGGUUUGUGUUGGACAUGCUGUAGUUAAGAUUAUGGUAAAAAUUCCAAUAAGUGUUCCUUUGUUAUACAACUUUUAAUUUCACCUUUUAUUCUUUCCAUUAUUCCAAUCUUUUUAAUUAAAAAUACAGAUUUCAGUCAUUUCUUUUAGCUAUUCAUUGCUGUUUGCAAUUAGACUGAUUUUUCGGCAUGUCUCAUUUCUUACCUAGGAGUUGGUACAGUUUUGUACUUUUUUCUUUCUAUUGCGUCUUUCUACAUUCUGUUGUAAACAGUGGGUACUUCUAAUGCAAUUAUAUUCAGUUAACUGAUUUUUUUUUUUUAAUUAUCUUCAAGAGACACAACAUUUCAGUUCGCCACCAAUAUGAAGAUGUGUGCAGUGUGCAUUUUUUCGUUUUUUUUCUGUCCAAUCCACUUGGAAGUCUGCAGCUUAAAUAGACUUUUAUUGGUAGCAGUGGUGGAGUCAGGGAAUACGGUUUGUGGCAUUGCCGAGGGAUAGCUCUACAAAAGACUUUUCACUGUCCUGGCAGAGCACUUCAGAACCACAUAGUUCUAAAUUUUACGUUUGUCUUGUUCUGCUAGACUCUUUUCUGUAUGUAGGCGUCUGUUGAUGCUGGCAUCUUUUGCUGUUGCACAACUCAAAUGCCAGCUUUUUCCUUGGAAUUAUGUAAGAGAAGCCUGUAACAGUUGAGCCAGCAUUCCAGUAUAGGUAUUUACCUACCAUUUAUACUAGUAAUACAUUUAGUUUUAUAACUGAAAAAAUUGUUAAAAAUAUGGAGUAAUAUUCAGUGGGGAAACAUUUUCUGCAAUUAAGAUUUAACAUAAUUAGGGUGUUUGAUAUUCACAAGUUAUUGCCUAAUAAGAAAUGUGAAGGUGGAUUAAUGCAAUGUGAACUUUUUACUUGUUGAAGGCUAGUAAAAAUGAGUUAGAUUCUUUCAUUUCUAAGCCCACCUAGUUUAAAAGAGAUGAUUUAAUAUAUUUUUAUACACAUAAUUUAGAUUUAAAAUGCUUAUCCAUGAGCACAUAUGAGACUCUGACAUGAUACAGUUUAUAGAAGUGGUGUUGAUGUGGAGAGAAAACUGAUACUGCUUGCUUACUAAUCAUGAAGCUGCACUGUCUUCACAAAGAAGAGUGAAAAACCCAUUGAUUAAGACUGUGAACAUGUAAGAAUAUAUUUUGCAUUUAGCCAGUUAAGAUAAAAUUUUAAUUCAUUAGUCGAAGCACUAGAUUUUAGGUACUUGUUGGCCAAAUCAUAAAACCAAAAUGAUAAAAUCAGCAUUGUCAGAAAAUAGAAUAAUUAGAAUAGAAAAUGUGCUUUUCUGUUGCAGCCAGUAAAUAACCCUUCUUAUAAGCAUCAUUAGUUUAUAUAUUGAGAUAUUUAGCAAAUGUUUGCAGAUGUCCUGUUUCCUUGGUAGUUGCCUAAUGUCUGAGGAAGGUACCCGAGGCCUCAGUAUUGAAAUAACUACAAACCUGAGAACUCAUUGAUAAUAAUCUUUAAAGUCCUGCCGCUAAACUGUGGAGAAGGACACUUCUACACCUUAAUGCUGGCAAGUUAUGUACAAUUGAUUGUUGAAUUCUUUUGUCAACUGUCCCAAUUCAUAUGUAGAUUUAAAGUUCUUUUUUGUAUAGUGAAAUGUUUAUUUCUGAUUUCAACAUUAAAUCAAUAGCAAUCUUACUUUUUUUUUUUUUUUUGUCUUUUUUUCAAAAGUUGGGAUCCUUUUUGCCCCCUAAACUGGAUUAAGUGCAUCUGAUGUUAAAGGAAUGAAUGUUCUCAAGUUAAUAAAUGUAACUACAUUUGUAAAGUUAAAACUAUGUUUUGUUAAAACCUUGUAUUUAGAAUGAAUUUUGGGUGAUUGUGAGGUUUACAAGCUGCUUAAUGUGCUGUUUAUCAUCAAUUUGCAGUUUUACACAAUAAAAAUGUCUAAAAUGCAUCUUUCCAGAUAA